UUUAUGUCGACGAUGUAGAGCUAAGUUGAUGCUGGUUAAGCUAACGUUAGCACCAUCCUUCAAAGCAAGCCAUGAACAGCAGCGCAGAGAGGAAGUUUGUCAACUUGAGAAAGCGUCUAGAUCAGCUGGGCUACCGACAGCCACUGGGGAUAGAGUCACUGCCACUAGUGGAGAAAUUGUUCAGUGACCUGGUUCACACCACUGAGAGCUUGCGCAAUGCCAAACUGUCAGCCGGUAAGACCGAGAAAGAAAGCCGAAACUUUGAUGCUGUUCUGGAGCCGUACAGGACAGAGAAUGCCCGGGUGGUCAGGGAGAACAACGAGCUGCACCUCGAGGUCCUGAAGCUGAAGGAGGACAAGGAUCGUGUCACCAGAGAGCUCAAGACCCACAUCAGAAAACUGGACCAUGAGACAUCUGACCUGAAGUUUUUAAACAAUCAGUAUGUGCACAAGGUUCGCUGCCUGGAGAAGGAUAGCAAGGCGAAAGCCGAGCGCAUCCAGCAGCUCCAGGAGAAGAACAUGCAAGCUGUGGUGCAGACACCAGGUGGGAAGAAGCGCAGUAUUCCUUUCAGACGUCAGAGGAUGCAGAUUGAUGAGCUCACAACUCCCUCCUCCAUAUCAGCUUACCCUGUGUCGCAGCCUGACGAUCCGUACAUAGCUGACCUGCUGCUGUUAGCGGACGGAAGAAUUCAUGAGCUACAGGAAGACAUCAUAAAGGUCAAACUGGACCUGGAGAAUGCUCAAGAAUAUAUAAAACACUUAAACACACAGGUGGAGGAGAGGAACAAAGAGAUCGAGCGUCUGAAUCGUGUUCUCCAAGGAGGGCGGCCUCAUGAUGUCAUCUCUCUCGAGGCUCAAAACAGCAGCAACGAGAAGCUGAUUUCUCAUCUUAACCUUCAGAUUGAGUACCUGCAGGAGACCAAUAGGACGCUGGAGCAGAAGGUAGAAGGACUGCAGCAGAAGAAGAAAGACGCCUCGACUGAAGUGGCUAAUCUGUCUCUGAAGAACCUGGAACUGUGUGAAGAGCUGACACACAUAGACGACCUCGCGAAGCGGCUGGAGAUGGACAAAGAGCGGGUGUUGGAAACCGCUGACAUGGAACUCCAAGAAACUAAAAAAGAAAUUGAAAGGCAACAGAAAAUCAUAGAAGACUUGGAGGAUGUAAUCACAAAUACAAGGAAGGAGCAGGCUGAAGGUGAAUUUGAAAGAGACCAUCUCAGAGAUCAGCUGGUGGAGCUCAAAGAGCAGAAUGAGAAAAUGGAGGGACUGGUGAACUUCCUGGAGGAUGAGAAAAUCAGGCUCCAGGACAAGAUGGAGAAAAUGAUGGCAGCUGACAAAGACCUGGUGCUGGAGCUGGAGACCAUGCGGGCUAAACACGGUGUUUGUGGAAGGGAACGCUCCCCGUCACGUCUGGACGCAUUUGUCAAGAGUCUAGAGGAGGAGAGAGAUUACUAUCGCCUGGAGGCUGAGCGCUACAAAAGAGUCCGAGGGGCCGGUGGUCUGGACUUAAGCCCGAGUCGUAGUCCAGGAAGAGGCAGAAGUCCGAGGUCCAAGGUAACAAGGGGAAGUAUCGCAGAAGCAGAGCUGCUCCGUGUCAUGAAGGAAAGAGACGAGCUGAAGGCCGCUCUGCUGGACUUUGAGAAGCACAUGGAGGACAUCCAAAACAACGUGAAGGCCCUCUGCACCGAGAGAGACCAGUUCAAAACCCUGUUCAGACAGGCUCAGGAGGAUUUACAGCUGGCCCGCAGCACGGAUAAGUCAGCUGACGUCUUGAAGCUGCAGGAGGAGCUCAGACAGGCAGAAAUCACCAUCGAGCAGAUGAGCGUUGAAAGAGACACACUGAUGGAGAGAUUAAAGGUUGCCCAGACUUCAGCUCUCACAGACAGACAGGGGGAGGAGAGCAGGAUUCUUGACCUGGAAAAUGCCUUUAAGAGUUUGGAGCAGGAGAGACUAGACCUGCGGUCACAGGUGUGUCUGCUGAAGGAGAGCAGGGAGGCUGUGGAGGAGGAGCUGAAGGUUCGGUCUGCCGCUCUGGUCCAGAACGCAGAGGAGGCGGCCCAGCAGAGGGCCGAGUGUAACGCUCUGAGGCUGCUGCAGGAGCAGAUGGAGCAGUCUCUGUCUGACACCCAGCACAGGCUCUCUGUGAAGAUGAACGAGCUGCACGCUGCCCACGGGCAGAUCCAGAAACUGGAGGAGAGAAUAGGGGAGCUGAGUCAGCGGGGCUCCAAGCACAAGGAGGACGUGGUUGUUCUUCAGAAGUCGGUCUCUGCCCUGGAUAGAGAGAAAGAUGCUCUCCAGGAUGAAGUUGAUCAAAAGACUGAAAAGCUGGUUGCUCUGCAGGAGGAGCUUUCCACGAAGGAAAACACCCUGGAAGACGUGAAAAUCACUGUUACAACGAUGGAGAGCUCAGUAGCUCAGCUGCAGGGGGCGCUAAACAGCAGAGAGAGGGAGAUCACCAGCCUGAGGAGGCAGCUGGACGCCUCUCAGGAGGAGCUGGCUGGACUCAGGAGAGACAAAGAAAUCACCAUCAGAGAGAACAGGAGGCUGCAGGACGACCUGGCCACAAUGACCAGGGAGAACCAAGCUGUUCACAUGGAGAUGGAAGAGGCUUUACAUGAGAAGGAUGAGCUGAAACUGAGAGUCCACUCCUACAUUUCUGAAGUGUCCAGAAUCGAGAAACUGAUGGCCACAAAGGAGCAGGAGAACAGGGACCUGCUGGAGAGGUUCAGGAUGGCUCACUCUGAGGUGGAGGAGCGCGAGCAGAAGCUGCAGCAGGCUGAGGGCCUCACGAACUCCAUUCGCCUGGAGCUGCUCUCCUCAGACACAGAACGCAGGCACCUCCGCGACACUGUCGGCCACCAGGAGAGAGAAAUCCAUCAGCACACGCAGGCCCUGCAGGCUUAUGAGGCCCAGGUAUCUUCGCUGGUUCGCGGGAUGUCCCGAAUAGAGGAGGAGCUACACAAAGCUCAGGAGGAGAAGGCAACUCUCCUCUCAGAUGUGGCUUCAGUCAGGGAGCUCUGCGUCAAACUGGACUCUGGCAAGGAGCUCACCGCACGUCAGCUCACCUCCAAGAGCAUGGACCUGGAGAGGGUGACAGGAGAGCUGGAGGAUGUUCGGUCAGAGGCGGAGCUACUGAAGAAGCAGCUGGCCAGUGAGAGGUUGACCGUCCGUAACCUUGAGACGCUGCUCUCCACCAAUCGGCACAAGGAGUUCCAGACUCACCUGACAGCCAGCGAGAGGGAGUCGGAGCUGAAACUCCUUCGUGACAGACUCACGCUGGCUGACAGCAAAACUGCGGAACAUUCCCGGGAGGUGUCCCAGCUCCGUGGUAAAGUGUCUCAGCUGCAGACGGAGAUGGAUGUUCUGAAAAGACAGCUGACCACUGAACGAUUCGAACGAGAGAGGGCGAUCCAGGAGAUGCGCAGGCAGGGUUUGUCCUUCUCCUCCCUCAGCAUCUCCUCCGGUUCUCAUCACAUCUCCCCGGAGCGCUCCAUCCUCCGAAGUCUGGAACGCUCCAUUGACAAGUGCGCAGACAAAAGUGUGAGCUUCAAGGAUUAACAACGAGACGGGGCAAAUGAAGGCGCCGAUGAGUGAGUCAGAAACCACUAGAAGCCUGUGCUUGAAGUCUGAAGUCUGGACGUGAAUUGUGAAGGUCUUUAUAAGUCUGAGUAUUAAUUAGUCUGUAGGAUACCUCGGUACAACUUUAUUCCCCGUCUAUCCUGAAGCACCCAGGAUGAAAUCAUGCUCACUAAAGCUCACAUUGGAACAGACUGUUACAUAACAGGAGCCUCCUCUCUGUCAGUAUGUUGUACAGCCACUGAUAGAAUUAGGACUUAACUUAGUGCCUUAGAAAUUAAUUGUUCUCAGCAACUAUAACCUCACACGUGUAGCAAGGGAAGUGUUGGUUCAGCCCUGUGGUUCUGUGUAUUAUGUUUAAUA